UGGCGCAGACAAUCACAUGCUACUGUGUAAGUGAUUUGUAGCUAGCUAGUGUUUGUCCACACUCCAAUUAUAAUCAGUCGUUAGGCUUACUGACCUUUAGAAUUCACAUCAAAAGAUGAGAGGUGUCAGUAGAUUUGGAAAAGAGGAAAGGUGGCUGCACAAAGCUGCCACCAAUAAGACCAAACCACAGUGCUCAGAAAGCAAACAACGUUCAGGCUCUUGAUGUGGGUGUGCACAGUCCAGAAACUAGAGACAGCACACAUUUUGCUCCACUUGUUCUACCUCCAAUCAAUGGUAGCCAUCCACUACCAUUUCAGAGAAAAAAAGGUUCAUAUGAGCAGCUGCAGGAGACUGGUCUGGAUGGAUGUCAUGACAUUGAAGCUUCCAAAGAGCAGCUGGAGAUGGAGAGAUAUAAUCUUGAAGCUGAGUAUAAGGAACACCAAGCGCUUCUGCAGAGCCUCCUGUCAGAAAGGGAUGAACUCUGCCAGUUGAACAGCGAGCAGCAGAUGAUAAUAGCUGACUGGUUGGAAAGGGAAAACGUGCCAAUGCCUGUGUGUACAAGGCGGAGUCGCCAUGGCUACCAGGACCAGCUAAAAAUUCUAGAGGACCUAAAGUUGCAGUGGCAGUGCAAAUCACAGCUCUACCAGCAGCAAGUUGAAGAACUCCGGCCCCGGUGCCAGGAGAAGAAGAAGCAGUGGGACUGUGAAUAUCAAGCCUUCAUCAUGAUGAUGCAAGAAGUAGUUGUUGCGGCUCUCGCCCGGCGGCUGGGAAAACGGGCAGCUCUUGUUGAGGUGAAACGGCUCCUUGCAGCUGAGCAGAAGACGGAGAAUAAGCUCACUGCUGCAAAAAUACGGAACCUUGCGCUGCAGAUGAGGGUACAAAGCCGGGAAGAAGCUAUUGGAGAACUGGAGGAGAGGACAAAGGCUGAAAAACUGAAAUUUGAAAAUGAGAAUUAUAAGACUAUGAUCUUGGAGUAUGAAGAAGAGGUUAUUCGAAUAAAGAAAGGAAUUACCAGCACUAGAGAGUUCCAGUCACAUCUCAAAGAAACGAUCAACUUUGUGGAGCUGGAGAUCCAGGCCAAACUAGCCAAUCUGGCCAAGAUAAAGGCAAUGAUCGGCAACAAGCGGAAAGCUCUGGCAGGGGUAAUGAUAACUAAAGACAAGCUGCGUGCAGACAAUCUGCGCCUGUACCAGCGCUGCAGCCUGCUGAGAAACAAGAAGCUGCUCCAGGAUUUUGAGAAGGUGAAGGAUGCAUGCGAGGACCUGCAGAGCCAAAUAGACAUUCUCAAGAGGCAGCAUGAAAAGCUCUCUGUCAAAUGUAGCACAGUAAAGAGCAAGCUGAAGCAGAGCAGGCCACUGCAGCAUUGUGUAUAACACAGUUGAACACACACGUGUACACGUAUAUACACAAACAUGCUGUAUGCUCUUUGUGCAGAACUAAAAU